UUCAAGUUUCAACGCCCUCUGUCCUUUCUCUCUCUAACCACAGUGACUUCUGACUUCUCCGUCUCCCCAGGUUUCUGAUGAUCAUCAGCUCUUUUAAAAAAACCUUCUAUAUAUUUUCCUUGAAUAAAUGAAAUGAAGAUCCAGUGCGACGUCUGCAACAAAGACGAAGCAUCAGUGUUCUGCUCCGCCGACGAGGCUGCCCUUUGCGCCUCCUGCGACCACCGCGUCCACCACGCCAACAAGCUCGCCGUCAAACACCAACGCUUCUCUCUCCUUCUCCCUUCUCCGAAACAAUUCCCUCUGUGCGACAUCUGUCAGGAGAGGAAGGCCUUCUUGUUCUGUCAACAGGACAGGGCAAUCCUAUGCAGAGACUGUGAUAUUCCCAUACACAGAGCCAACGAGCACACCCAGAAGCACAAUAGGUUCCUUCUCACCGGCGUUAAGCUCUCCGCCACCUCCACCCUCUAUUCUCCGCCGUCCGCCGCUGCCUCUGCCACGGGAUGCCCUGAUUCUGUUCCUGAUCUCAAGAAGUCCCAGAAGCCCCUCUCCGUAAUUCUCAAUCCACCGUCGUCCAUAACAACACAAGUUGCUAGUGACCAGCAGAAUCAAUUGGUGAGUGGUGGGGUUGUGGAGGUUGGGGUUGGUCCAACAAGUAGCAGCAUAUCAGAGUACUUGACAGAGACGUUACCUGGCUGGCACGUUGAAGACUUUCUUGAUUAUUCCACUCCGGCACCCUCAUUUGGUUUCUCUAAGAAUGUUGAUGAAAAUGUGAUGGGUUUUUGGGAUUCUGAUCUCGAGAGCAAUAUGUCUCCGUUCACAACAGAAAAUAUGGGGAUUUGGGUCCCUCAAGCUCCAGAUAUUACUCCCCAAAAUCAAUAUUCUCAAUUGAACACAUCUUCAAAUAUGGGCUUUGACGGCCAAACUGGGUUCAUGGAAUACAAGGAAGCUACUACCAAAAUCAAAUCUAGCAAAAAGUUGAGAGAGGAUUGCUGUUUUACUGUUCCACAGAUCAACCCUUCCUCCAAAAGAGCUAGAAAUGUUUGGUAGUAUCAUCAAAAUCUUCAACUGUCAAGAAUCAAAAGCAGUCAUGAACUCAUGACUUGCUGAUCUGCUUCUGUACUUCUCUUUUUUAUCAUUGUCUUAGUAUCUUCUUUCCCUUCUUGUUGCAAGCUGCAAGUGAUCUAUGUUGGAAUUUAUAUAUAUAUAUAUUUAAAUAAUAAAAAUUAUUUUAUGAUCC